UUACAACACAGCUCAAGUUAAAAACUUAGCAACAAAGUAGAUUGUGUUAGUAAUUCUUUUAAUUGGAAAUAAAUGAAUGAAUAAUUUCACUAAAUUUUUUUAUACAACAACUGGCUAUACUUUUAAUUGCAAUUUUACUUCUAAAUAAAAUUAAUUUGUCAACCGCUGCCGAAUCAUGAAUUUUUAAUAAUUAAACAGUUACAUUUAAUUCUGUUAUUUUUGUUGUAGUCUUCAGAGAUAUUUCGGAAAGUAAAAGAGGAUCUAAAUCAUAAAAUUAAUGGAUUCUUUAAUGAAAUGUCCCCAAAACUCUAUCAACAGAAUAUUAAAAAAAUAUAUUCCUAUUUUGUCAUGGCUUCCUGACUAUAAUUUAGAAGAUUUCAAAGGAGAUUUCAUUGCUGGAUUUACUGUAGGUUUAACGGUAGUGCCUCAAGGAUUAGCUUUAGCUCAAUUGGCUAAUUUACCACCUCAGUAUGGCUUAUAUACUGCAUUUAUGGGAAGUUUUAUGUAUGCAAUUUUUGGAACUUGUAAAGAUUUAGUGAUAGGUCCAACAUCUGUAAUGGCUUUAAUGACUGCUCAGUAUGCUCAGAUUGGAGGACCAGCUUAUGCUGCUCUUUUAGCUUUUCUUAGUGGAUGUUUUCAAUUAUUGCUUGGAAUUUUUAAUUUAGGUAUUUUGAUGGAUUUUAUAUCAGCACCUGUUCUAAGUGGUUUUACUUCUGCUGCAGCUAUAAUUACUGCAACUAUGCAACUAAAAGGUAUAUUUGGGCUUAAAUAUGAAUCAAGAGGUUUUAUGAAUACAGUUUAUUACUUCUUUCAGAAUAUUCCUCGCACAAACUUAUACGAUAUGUGUAUGGGGAUUACAUCUAUUAUUUUUCUCUUACUGCUAAGGAAAUUCAAAGACCAAAAAUGUACUUGCUGCACAUAUAUGAAAGGGUGCAAUACAUUACAUGGUCUCUGGUGGUCCUUAGCUACAGCCCGCAAUGCUUUGUUGGUGAUCAUUUGUUCUGGUUUUGCUUCUGCAUGUUUGGCCUUUGAAAAGGAUUUCUUUUCUCUCACUCAGCGUGUAGAUGCUGGUAUCCCACCAUUUCAGAUUCCACAAUUUUCUUUUGAGCAUUUUGAUCCAGAAUCUAAUUCAACUGUUUAUAAGAAUUGUGGGGAAGUUUUGAAGGAUCUUGGUUCUGGAAUUAUUGUGAUUCCAUUUUUAUCACUUUUAGAAGCUGUAGCAAUUGCGAAAACAUUCACCAAGGGAGAAAAGUUGCAUGCUACUAGAGAAAUGAUUGCUUUAGGAAUGGGAAAUUUGAUGGGAUCCUUUGUGUCUUCCUAUCCUGUUACUGGAAGUUUUUCUAGAUCUGUGAUAAAUAAUACUAGUGGGGUAAGAACUCCUUUAGGUGGAGUAGUCUCAGGGAGUUUUGUGUUACUUGCAUUAUGUGUGAUUGCUCCUUUGUUCCAUUACAUUCCAAAAUCUUGCCUCUCUGCGAUAAUUUUUUCUGCUGUGAUAUUUAUGAUCCAUUUCGAAGAUAUACCUGAAAUGUGGAAAACAAAUAAGGUGGAGUUGAUUCCAUUUUUCACAACCUUUUUAUUGUCUUUUAUAUUUGGAUUGGAGUAUGGUCUUUUAUUUGGUAUUGCAGCUGCUUUAGGAAUUUUACUGAAAAAGCAAAAUGAAGUUGAUAUAUCUGUGGCAACUAAAACGGAUGAAAAUGGGCUCACAUAUAUCCAUAUUACACCUGAAAGCAGUAUAUAUUUUCCAUCUGCUGACAAGUUUAAAGGAGUUGUUUCAAAAGCCUUAUACAGCCAAUCUAACAUUCCUAGCUGCACUGUGGUAAUUCAUGGGGACAAUAUGAAGGAAAUUGAUUACACUACAGCAAUGGGUGUCAAAAACAUGGUCAAAGGGAUACGAAAAGAUAAUGCUCAAGUUCUUUUCCAAGUAACAGAGCCCUCAGCUGUAAAGGCACUGAACUGUCUAGAAGAUUCUGUGCGAUUAUGUGCACAAGAAGAUGAAAUAAAACAUUCUCUUCUUAAUUCAGCUAGUAAUACAUGUACAGAAAUUUUUUCUGAUGGGAAUGAAGUUCUAGAAUGUGUUGAUCCUCUAUUAAAUAAAUAUAAUAUGGAUAAAGUAGUAGAACAUUUAAAUACCAAAGACAAUCACACUCAAAAAGAAUAAUGCCUUAAAUUUUUUUGAUAAACUUGCACUUCUGUUCAUUAUUUGUGUUCAAUGUUGUAUUUUGUUUGGGUUUUGAACCUGUUUGUUAUGAAUUACUAAUAUUUUUUAAAAGAGUUAAUUUCUGUAAAAAUUAGCAAAUUAUGUAUAAAAUAUUUAUGGUGUUUUGUUAAGUUUAAAUCAGUUGUAUGUGAUCUAGUAAUAUUUGUUCAAGUAUCAAAUUUUAUUUGCAGUAUUAUUUAUAUCUUUGUGAUCUGUUAUAUACUCUAUGAGAUAUUUACAUUUUCUUUAUUUCAUGCAAAUGCACUC